CUCGACCACUUCACACCACCACAAUGAAGUCGAUCGCUUGCCUUCUUCUCGCCACAUCGGCCGUCCACGGCCUGCGCCUCUCGGCCCAAGAAAAGGUCGACCUCGAAGCCAAGCUCGAGGCGUGGAAGGCCAGCCAAGCCGGCAAGCAAGCCGAAGCCAACGGCUUUCUCCCGCCCAAGACGGAACACGGCAACCUCGAAGACGGCGAGAUUGACGACGAGCUCCUUCGGUUUGCCACGACCCAAAAGAUCGUCGAUGACCUCAACCAGCAGCACAAGGGCGCCGUCUUCUCGACCGACAACCAGUUUGCGCUCAUGACCGAAGACGAGUUUGCGGCCUUUGUCAAGGGCUCCUUCAAGCACGAGACGCCCAAGCGCCAGCUGCGCGGCGACAACGUCCAGCUCACGCUGACGCAGGCCCAGCGAGAGGCGACGGACGUCGACUGGACGACCAACAAGUGCAUGUCGCCCGUGCGCAACCAAGGCAGCUGCGGGUCGUGCUGGUCGUUCGCGGCCGUCGGCGCUGUCGAAGCCGCACACUGCCUCGUGACCGGCUCGCUCGUCGACUUUUCCGAGCAGCAGCUCGUGAGCUGCGCCUCGAGCGCGGGCUACGGCUGCCAGGGUGGCUGGCCCAACAAGGCACUCGACUACAUUGCGCAGACGGGUCUGUGUACCGAGUCGGGUUUCCCGUACACCUCGGGCAGCUCCAACCAGAACGGCCAGUGCCAGGAGUGCCAAAAGACCAAGGUCAGCGUCGGCAAGUCGGUCGACAUCCAAGGCGAGAGUGCGCUCCAGAGCGCGCUCGACAAGCAGCCGGUGACGGUCGUCGUCGAGGCUGGCAACAACGUGUGGCGCAACUACAAGAGCGGCGUCGUGCAGAGUUGCCCGGGAGCGCAGUCGGACCACGCCGUGAUUGCUGUCGGGUAUGGCACCAAGGACGGCCAGCAGCAUUUCAAGAUCAAGAACUCGUGGGGCACGGGCUGGGGCGAGCAAGGCUACAUCUACCUCAAACGCGGUGUGAGCGGCAAGGGCAUGUGCAACGUGGCCGAAGGGCCUUCGUACCCGCCCAUGAGCGGCAAGCCGCAGCCGACGUCCAACCAGCCGCAGCCGACCUCCAACCAGCCGCAGCCCACGGGCAAGCCCACAAAGAAGCCGACGCCCAAGCCCACGAAGAAGCCCCAGGGCGACUGCAACGGCUGCAACGGCUGCUACUACCCGGCCGCGUCGCAGUGCUUGACGGCCGACUACGACAAGGAAUAUUGCGAAUACCUCGGUGCCGAGUACGGCACCAAGUGGUGCACGUCGUAAACCGCUUCUCGUCUUCUUUGUGCGUCCAUGCGAUUAGCUUGUUUCAAUUGCUAUUCCUUUGCGAUAAUCGACAUUUUUACCGUAUCCAA